AUGAAUUUCUUUGUCAGAGUCAAAAUAUUACCCAGUCUUUUGGUUAAUGCAAAAUACCCAGAUUUUAAGCACAGAGAGUGUGGUGACGGUCUCUGGUUGGACAGUGCUCCAAAAUGGAUGUUUCCAGGGCUUGGAAAGUUGGAUUCUGAUGUUAAGGUUUUUAAAGCAAAGCAAGUACAAGAUGGAAAAGGGGAUGAUUCUUGGUGGAAAAUCCCGAUAAAUGUUGGGACAAUAGAUCAAACAAGAGGAAUCCUAAACAACCUGACUUUAAGCACAAGGAAACAGGUGAAGUACUAUGGUUAA